AUGCGAGAUUCCUCUGCCCUGGCUGGUCAGUCAGUGACGCCCAACAUUGACAUGAGGGAAGGCGUCAAUCCUGGGGGCCUUCUUUUCACGUUACAAUGGCCAAAAGAGGAUCUUCUUCAAGCCUGCUUGUACCACUCGAGCACGGCCAGGGUCGUCCCCUUGGCCAUUAGCCAAGCUGCGGUUCGCCUUUUCCGGCUUCAUGACAACUUAUCAACUCCACAAUCGACCGGUUUGUUCUCAGUGCUUCUUCAAAAGUUUCAGCCAACGAAUUGUGCAACAUUCACCGAGAUCUUGAUGCAGAAGCGAGGCCAUAGUACCCGUUUCCCGGAGUUCCAUGAGGCAUUUGGCAUUAAGGUAGCUUUUAGACUUAAACCUGACCAAAAAAAGACUCCAAAGCUAGCGCCUCGCAACUGUGAUGCUCUUAAUAGCACUGCUAGCCCCAACACUCUUGGCACUCCUACCGUUGCGGCAAACGUUCCGAGUCUCUAG